ACAGACCUCUUCCACAAUGAUGAAACUGGUGGUGUUGUCCUGCCUGCUCGCGGCCGCUUCGGCUGACCAGUUCGAGUCCAACUACGGCGGCCCGCUUUCCCUGGCUCCCGGCCAGCCCGCCGACAUCCUCGGCUCCGACGGCAGGCCUUUGGACACUUUGGACGUGAACCUGGACCGCGCCGCCCACCUCACCGCCAAGGCUCUCGGCCCAAUCGCCGCCCCAGCGAUCGCCGCCUACGCUGCAUCCUUCCCCCUCGCGUACUCCGCUCCGCUGUGGCAGCCCUACAACUACCGCGGCCCCCUGUCCCUGGCCCCCGGCCAGCCCGCCAACAUCCUCGGCGCCGACGGCAGGCCCCUGGACACCCUGGAGGUGAACGAGGACCGCGCGGCCCACUUCGCCGCCAAGACGGGUCUCCACAUCCUGAAGAAGCGCUCGGCAGUGAUCGCUCCAGUCAUCACCCGCUCCACUUUCAUCCCGUCCAUCUACUCUGCCCCUAUCGCGCCCAUCAGCACCCUCGCCUACUCAGCCUACAGCCCGCUGGCCUACUCCGCCUACCCAGCAUCUAUCGCCACCUUCCUCAAGAAGUGAAUUGACACCCUGACCAUACUGUAGCUGUCGAUGUAAAUACCUGAUGUAAAUAAAGCUCCAACUGAUGAU